GUUCCCAUUCGCACCGGUCAGCAGCGCGGGCACACGGGCGCCCAUCGCAAUGACUAUCAACAAUAUUAUUCAAAUUGUACGAUAGAACACAACAAAUAUUUUAGAUUGUGUGAGAGCACCCGGUUAUAAGGCGCGUAACUCCGAUUGUCGGUCUAUCAGUCGUGCACCGGCCGUCCGUGUUUUGAGUGAAGUUGUGGGUGCCCGCGCGACGUUAUCGCGUUGUAAACAAAGGGAAGCCGGCUCAACACACUGCACAGUCGUCCUGCGGUGUGUAGUGGUGGGGGUCGAGCGGGGGCGCGGGCGAAGUCGUCCGCCGGCAAACGUGCGGACUACGUGAAAACGGAGUGCGCGGGCCGCGGGGUAUCGUAGCCGCAGAUCUGCCAUCGACUCUUCCGCGACGUCGAAACGUCGACAUCAGAUCUUGCGACGGUGUUUCCCGUCAUCGGCGCCGCGCUCAGUGGAUAAACGCCGCGAACUUAUCCAUUGCGAACAUGUUAACGCGAAUCUGAAAACGGUUCUGGCCGCCGAGAACCCUAGUCACACCUCGUUUCUCACGCCGUUAAUUUCGUGAUCGGUGCAGUUCUCGUUCACCGUUGUACGUGUCUCGUUAUCGACGGAUCACCGCCACUGUAAAACGUCGCCGAUGUAACCCGACGUUUACAUCCGCGUUAAAAGGCAGACGCUCGUAUCUGUGACGUUGGACGUUUCGCUAUUUAUCGACCGUGCUCUUUUUCAAGAACAAAACAUAACCAACAGACUUAGUAACAAGCUUCCUAUUUGUGCAAUUUUUAGAACUUAGUGUGUGAAAAACGAGGUGAAAAAGGUUUUCUCAACAAUUAACAAAAUAACAAUCAGUCUCGCAAUCAGUUUAUUGCAUCUCAUACUGCAAUAACGUGGUAUAAACUUAUCUAAAGAAUAUUUCAUCACGUGCUAUUAUUUUACUCUACUAUAUCUACUACUGCGCUUCUCUUCUUAAGACCUCAAAGUAUACAUUUGGUGUGACGCAUGAAGUGUACAAGUGCAUGCCUGGUGUUACUACUGACUACUCUGCUCUCUCACCACGGUGACGAUAUCUUCUUCGUCACCACUAGUUCCUGUGACACUGGUGUCAUCGCUCGAUUUGACCAUUUCAUCUUCACCAUUACAACGAGGGACACAAGGCUACUACCGUAACAACUGUACCAAAAAAAAAAAAUAGUAUUGAUAUCAGAAUUAGUCAAUGACUGGAACAAAUGCAGUAAAAAUUCAAAUAUUUCUAUUACCUAUUAUAAAGGCAGCCAUUUACUUCUAUCGCCAGUUACAGUAUAGUUACUACAUAUAUAUAUAUAAAUAUAUCGAAUAAACCCUUUCCUACUAUUGUAACAACUACUGCCAGUUUACCAAAAAAAGACUUGUUAAUACUACUUACUUUAAUAAUACCACCAACAUUGAUCCAAUAUAGUCUCACCAUAGCACAUUCAACCCUCGUAUUUACACAUCGAUUCCGUAUGAAAGUCCAACAGCAAAGACGAAAGUACUGGGAUUAUGAAUCCCGUUGGGACCGAGGUUACCGGCCGUCGUAGCAUUUUGAAUGGUUUGGUGACAGCUGCCACAAGAUCUUGGCGACAUGGUCUUCAGUCUAACGGGCACAAUUCAAACUCUUUGGUAUUUCCAACUAUUUCUACGUCGGUUAAUAAUAGUUCAACUUGUCGAACUCCUGCCACAGAUAACGCUAACAUAACUGAAGAACAGAGAAGGUGGCAACAGCAACAAGAAGAACACCGACUCAACCUCCUGUGGUACGGCGGAGAUGCAAUGCAGCCUCCACAACAGUCACCAGCUGUUCUUUUUGAAUUACACAACCGUUAUCAGUCACCAGAUGACUGGGAAAAACAACCACUUCGACAACGGCGACGUAAGUCUCAAAAAUCACAACAUCAGCGGGUUCAUAAAAAACAAUCAGCGUUACCAACAGCACCGAUUGUAUGGGCCGUCCUGUUACAUACCAUAUAUUCAGUUGCUAUGGCCGCAGUAUAUUAUAUAUAUGGCUUGACAUCUGGUAGUGGGUGGAUAUGGUUAAGACAAGUCGACAGCAGCAGUAUAUUUAGAUGGUUAUGCCUGCUACCUCCGACGUGGUAUUUUAUUGGACAAGCUUUUUGUGCAGUCACUAUUGGUUAUGUUUGGUAUCAGUGGCAAAAACGGCAAAAGUGGUGUUGCUACAUGUUAAUUGCACUUUUUAUCACCUCAAUUUUGCCAUCUUUACCACUAUCUGAAGUCUUCGGAGAUAAAAGUGUGAAUAAAAUGACGGAACCUACCCUGGAAAAUUCUGCAGAAAGACGGAAGCAUUGGUUAGAACAACUUAACUAUUAUAAUUCAGAAGGUUUUUAUGAAAAUCAAUUAGCACUUUACGAAGGCUUGUGGCAUGUGUCAUUUUUCAUAUUCGUCUCGUACUGCCUGGUGUUGCCGACAAGUGUAGACAAACAAUCAGAUAACGAGAUCAGCGAAAAUAUUAACGAACACAACGAUAACCAAAAAAAUAUAAAAGAUAAUUUUAAAGAAGACAGCCACGUUUCAACCGUCGUCUUACUGUUUGGUAUCGUAGCUUCUAUCGGCCACACAACCCUUAAUAUGUACAUCGCAUACCAACGACACACGCGCCUGGUGAACAAUUCGUCCAUGGCGGCUAUUCAACAGCUCAUUGCUAACGUCGCAGUUUUGGCAUGCAUCAACCUAGCUGGAUGGCUAUUGCGUCAGACGAUAAUCCACGACCGUACAGACAUUAGGAGUCAUGAAGGCAACUGCAGAUUUGAUGGGAAACACAAAUCUCUUCGAAUAGCAUUGCGCCGUCAGGCUGACAAACUGAAUCAACUCCUAACAUCCUUACUACCCAGACGCGUGUUUUUGGAAAUGAAGCACGACAUAGUUACCGAUGCUGCACGUUCUUUUAACGCAACUCGCGGUUCCAAUGACAGUAAUUUUCGAGAUGAUGUGCAACAACAGAACCAUCAUCAGGAAUUAUUACUUAAAAAUAACAGUAUGCCUAGAAUGUAUUUAAAAGAAUAUGAAAAUGUAAGUGUUGUCUUUGCCAAUGUCACUGGAUUCUGGGAUAAUGCGCCACUAGUUGUGAGCCAUGGUAAUUCUGGCUCCCAAACGUCCAUUCAGCUCAUUACACUGAUUGAUCAAUUGCUGGCGAAUCUAUUCCGUAAACUGGCAUAUCGCAAUCGUUGCCUUCCAAUACGCUUGCUCGGCCACCGUAUGUAUUUCAUUGCCGGGUUGCCGGAUGAAGAAAGCUAUGGAUAUGACGACGAUGAACACAAGAACGGUAGUUGGAUGAUGAAUGACAAUGGACAUGCAAGAAAUGCUAUCCAAAUGGGAUUGGAUUUAAUCGACGCUGUUAAUACCGUGGUUCGUGACGUAAGUCGGUUCCACAACAGACACAAAAUCAAUCUCAAUGUCCGGGUGGGCGUUCAUUCGGGCCGUGUAGCUUGUGGUGUGCUAGGUUUCACUGGAGGUACUGGAAUUCCGUCUGACUCUGGUAGCCGUUGGCAAUAUAGUGCUUGGGGCCGCGACGUUCACGUAGCGUCAUAUAUUGAGAACAGUGGUCGUCCCGGAAUGGUGCAUGUAAGUCGUGCCACUGUCAAUCAAGUUACUAAGAAAGCAGUUCCUGAUACUGCAGUGAAUAGAGUUAAUCAUCUGCCACCGGGAGUUAAACUCCGUAACAACAAUAUCAACUAUCAAACCGAUUCCAAAGACAUCUUAGAUGACUACACAUUUGAACGUAGUCAUGAAGAAGAAAGGAACCAGUUUCUCCGCCACAACCGAAUCGAUACAUAUUUCGUCAUUCCCAGAACAACGUAUCCUUAUUCAGAAAAUACUGAACAUUUGACAGAUAAUUAUACAGUGUAUGAGAACGGUAGCGGAGAUAUUGUUUCUUUGAUCCUCCAAUCAGUGGAUCAACAACUAAUAAGAGAGGAAAUGCGACAAAAAUGUGCUGUCGCUGGGUUAAGGCCUGAAACAGAGAUGGAGUCAGAACAUUUGCCAACUAUUUCUACAACAGCAGUUAUGGAUAUGCCUAUGACAAUGGCUGGUUUAGUUCCUGUAGUCCCCGUAGCUUCAAUAAUGAAAAGGAACCGCCAUAGACGGAGUCGAUAUUUUGAUCAAGAGUCACAACAAGCGACUUCUACAAACCCUAAUAACAGUUCCGCUGUUACAUCAUCAAUGGAGCGUUACGGCCGAUGGGAAAAUGAUGUAUUUGUAGUUUGUAACAACAAUGAUCACGAGAAGGUAAGAAGUAAAUCCGACGACGAUGAUCUCUUUCGGAUAGCCAAGUCACAGCUACUACUUCUGUGCGUAAUUAUUGCCUUAUUCGUGGUUAACGUGACAACUAUGCCAUGGACUAUGUUACUCGGCAUCACAUUUAUUACACCGUUUGUUAUAACUGCCGGAGAACUAAUCUACGUGAUGGCCUUGUUGAUCGAUUGGAUUCCUCGUCCCAGGUUUUACAGCACUACUUACGCCACCGCCAUUAUUGCUGACGAUGACGAAUAUUAUCAUCACUAUGAUAACAAUGACAGUGAUACUAGUAGCAGCAGCAAUGGUGAUGAUAAAUGCUUAAGGCGCUUUUUCGUCUGUCAUCCCAGCAGAUAUUCAUUGAUUGCCUGGCUAUUGAAACCAUUUCAAUGCAGAACAAAUACCGUGAUGGCCACCCAUAACCAUUUAGACAAUGGUGAUGGUUGGAAAAAAUGUUAUUUCAAAUGGUGUCGUUGUUUCGGCCGCCAUAAUUGGUUCACUUGUUGUUUAAAUAAUGAAAGAGCAUCGUCUUGCAUGUCGUCUGACGACAGCGAUAUUGAAAGCAGACUUGGGUUUCGAAACGAAAAUGCCAUAAUGGCAGCAACAGCAAGAACGUCACCGCCACGGCAGCAAACCCGGCUACAACAUUCACAACCAAUUCAAAGUCACAACAACAAUCUAUUACGUCGGCGACACAGGCAUCUGAAACGGAUAUAUCAAGAUGAAGAGAGGCGCACUUACUUUUAUUGGACAUGUGCUUGCUGCGAAUUAAUCGUCGUUUUACUCAUUUGUCUAUUGGCUUUAUUAAACGCUUUUACCUGUGAACCAGUUGAAGUAACUGCAACAAACACUGUAUACGAUCAACUUCAUACUCGCAACACUAUUGUCAAUGGUAGUUUUGAUUUCAACAUCCCUACAGUUAAUACCACACAACAACAUCGAAGCCCAUUGACGUGUAUGUGGCCUCAGUAUGCCGUACUCACAUGCUGUUUAGUUUACGUAUCAAUAGCUAUUGCGUUUUCCAUCUAUUAUGGGUCGCUGCCAACGCUGCGGAUGAAAAUCGGAAUAUUGCUUGUCAUGACUUGCGUAUUUGCUGUUGCUUUCGUUCACUUUACGCACAAGCAUGUGUUUGUCGCUGCCUCAAUGUCAUCUCCGAUACCAUCGAUCUUUAGCAAGUCUGAAGAGUUCCAAAAUCAUCGAACAAACAACACUGUCACUAUAAAUAACAAUGACCAUCAUAAAAUAAUCAACUCUCCAGUCCACAGUGAUGUCUACCAAGAAAAUCAACGAUUAUUAAAACUACUAGACCAAGAACAGCAGCGAGUGGCUGGGUUAAACACUGCCACAGCUACAGUAUACGCGAUUGCAUUCGCCUUAGCCACACUUGCCUGCUUCGUGUACAAACAUCGCUUACAAGAUCGACGCGCACAUCAUAGGGUUAAGGUGGAUCGUGAUAUGAGACGGUUGUGUGUGUUGCGUGAAGCCCACCGACGCACAUUGCAUGCCGUCAUACCAGACCACGUGGCAAAUUUGUUGCGACAAAGAUUCAGUAAUGAUCCUAAUGAUGCUGAUGAUGAAUGUGAAGGGACUCAGCACCAACAAAAUUACGUUUUAGGAGGAACUAGACUGAUGCCAAUGAGAACCGCUCAUCAAAGUCAAGAACAUGUACCUGUAUACUUGUCACCACCGCUCUAUCAAUGUGGUUAUCGAGCCAUAGUUAUCGUUUUUGCCACAAUUGUACAACAAGAACAAUCAUUGCCGACCAACAUCAACUGUGGUGAGAACAACGAUUCUAUCAGUCAUCACUGCCAUAAACAGCUAGCACUACUUCACAACAUAUUCAGCGAAUUUGAUAGACUUCUUGAUAAUCAAAAGUACCGAGGAUUGAUAGAAAAGAUAAAAAUGUUAGGAACUAACACGUACAUGGCAGCUGUUGGUCUACAGCAUCAUGAUGGACCAAAACGUCGGCAAGUCAUGCUGCUGAAAGAUAUGAAAGAGAGAUGUGAGGAAUCUUGUAAUUUUGAUGGACAAGAGACAAAAAAUUUUGUUGAAAAUUACCAUGUAGGAGAAGAUGUUGACAAUGAUCUAGAAAAUGAAUAUGAAUUAUACAAUAUCAUAUCAGCAAAUUACAUAACCUUUGCUUUGGAUUUCAUUAGAGAAAUGCGUCGUGCAUUACAUCGUCAGCAAACAGCUACGGUUACUCCUGUUGGAAGCUCAAAUAUCUCGCAUCCCACACAAUUUGUUCUUCGAGUUGGAGUAAACGUUGGACCUGCUGUUGCUGGUUUAAUUGGCUGCAAUGACAGAACCUGGAAACGUCCGCAGUUUGAUGUUUGGGGUAAUACAGUAAACGAGGCUAGACAGAUGGACAUUACUAGUGUACCGGGUAGAACACAAGUUACUAGUUGCGUUGUUAACAUAAUGCAAUCGAUACAUUAUCCAAGUCCAAAGUAUGAGUUCGAUAUCCAAACCAAGAUGAUAAACAAAGACAAUAGGAUACUUACAUAUUUUGUUCGUGAAAGUUUUGAACGAGAUGAUGAGCAUAACUCAGUUCAACGAAAACCCCCUAACUACCAUCAUCCACAAAUGCUCCAAAAUUCUCGCCAUCAAUUUGAGUCAGACCGACCACAUCAGCAGAAUAAACAGCAGACCCCCGUUCGACAGAAUGUUCUCCGCUCGACACCUCUGCACUUAGCCCGUGAACAGCCGCCACUCAAUUUAGUACCACUUGUCAACGUCCACUCGAAGCACUCCCACUACAGUUCUAUGGUACAGCAGGAUUUGCGACAAAAGUGUUUGGAACCACAAAAGACACCUCCGCCUCCACCACCACCACGAAGUCCACCACCGGUUACAACACGGCGGACGCCAUAUCCAAUGCAACACCAAUACAGUGAAGAACGCGAUCGAUAUCCAGAUAUCCAGAAUAGAUCACGAGGAGGUGCCUCGCAUUCAUCUAACGGUAAAUCAGAACAGUAUCAACAAACCCGAUGCGCAUCCAACUCAACCGCAUCAACAGCAGCGACAUACGCCCGCCCACUACAAAAACAACAACACCCAUCUACUUUGACGCCAGUUCCUCAUGGUCUAGUUCGAAUUUUCGGUGAUUCACAACAUCUAUCGCCGCCAAACACACCAACCACUACCGAAGCCAAACCUACAUGUGCCUCUUCUAACCAUUCUACUGGUGGGACAAAUGUUAACACCACUUUACAAAAUCAUCAACAACCCCAACAAGUACGCCGUCCAAACGUAUUGCUUUUGAAGAAUACAACAUCUACAUCAACGAAUAAGUUUGACGCCAAUCGUCCUCUUCCGGAUCCACCACGCUCCUCUGACACUGUAGCCGGUCGACAUCGAAACCGUGAUGAUCCUCGGCGGCGGCGGCGCCGUCAGCACAAUCAACCACCCACGGUUACCAAACAGGAUAUCAAUAACGACCGUUGUCCGGGUGUAGUUUCCCCCGCCUGGCCUUCAUCAUCUUCGUUCCGUUCACCGAUCAGUGUGGGAAGCUUUGUCAGUGUGUCAUCUCCACCAUCAUCAUUGUCAUCAUCCGGCUCCACAGAUGCCGGCGGUACUACAACAUCCAAUAAUAAUUACAACACCACCACCACGGCUUCGUCGUCGGACGACAGUUAUGGUUGUACAACUACAGAAGACUGUGCCGGCAUUGACAGAGUGGAUACUGAAAAUGUAGGUACUGCUGCUUCUUCUAUCCCCAUAUCAUCCGUUCAGCAUCGUUAUCGACAACAGCAACAUUUACUGCUUCAUCAAUGGUCUCCGUCAACGACAGCCAAUUCAUCUCCUGUUAGACGAUCGUCGUCUUUCCGCUCGCCGCUGUCUGCUGGUGACAACACCGUCGCGUCUUCAUCAUCAUUGCGAUCUCCACCUAUCGUUGGCCAUACUAUCACUACCAACUUUGGAGGAACACAAUCGUUAAACCGUCGCCAUGUACGCUCUGCUAACACCACCACAGGCGCUGGUAGCAGCUCCAGCCGCCGUCGUCGACGCCGGCAGCAGCAACAAAACAACGGGGCAAUAGCUGGAAAUUCUACACCCCCAGCUGGUGUUAUACCAGAUGUUAUAGGCAUUAUGAACACUACCUCAAAUGUGUCAACUGAGAAGUCUGAAUCAUCGUCAUCAUCGCCAUGGAAAAAACAUCAGCAACAACAUCAGCGUCGACAAGUUACUAGUAAAGACCAAAGUACAGGCGGUGUAGUGGUGGGCCCAGAUUUUACGGAUGAAAUACGACGUAUAUUGUUAUUGGACCAACACCGCGGAAAUGUUCGUCAACAGCAGGGAGGACUAUUUAAAGAAGAAGAAAUACAAGUCAACAAACACAGCGAUGACUACACUGAAGGAAAAGACGGAGUCGAUGAUAACGUUGCUAAACACUUGUCUGCGCCAGAGCAACAGCAUUUUUGCACGGCAAUAGUUGUGACGACGGAUCGGAAACCCGAUAAAGAUGACAAAAAUAAUCAACAAGUCGAAAAAGAUAUUUUGAACUCAGCAGCAAAAUCAGUUCCGACUACUGCAGCUUCGACGGCAAGUAUUUCUUCAGCAUCAUUAUUUGAGGAGCGUGAAAGACAAAUAACGGAACAAGUUAAGCGGCAGCAAGCCGAAGUGAGACGGAUAUUGCAGGAGCAUAAGAACAACGUAGUAGCCGUUGUUAGAGGGCCGGCAACAGUUACGGCUGAUGUUAUUUCACACAGCCGUAAACAACGAGUUAUGGCGGUAGAGUCGUCAUGGAGCGACGAUGAAUCGUUAGAACCGUCAUCAUCAUUACUAGAUAAAAAACAUCGGCCACAGCGCAUUGGUUUCACAGUAGGUAUGAGUGACUAUGAAGCUAACAGCAGCAUCGUGACUGCUGAAACAGAAUACACUACUGGCGGAGACAUUGAUGAUUACACUACUGAUGGAGACGGAUACACUACCACUGGGUAUACAACAGACGAGGCUGCAGCUCCUGCUGGUCAACAGACAGAUAGGCUAUAUGAUUCUACCAGAGGUGUACCUGAUGCAUCUACAGCACGACAACUUGAUGACAACCUAUCAACUAUGAAUGACACUGGACUAACUGAUGCUGAAGCCGCAUUAAGUGAUGUAAAUUCAAUGAUUGACUACAAUGAUUGCAAUGACAACAACCGUUACAGAGGUCGUCGCCAGAGUAGUUUAAGCAGUAACAGUGUGUGCCCAUAUGCCAGCGACAGUUUUUGUGAAGACGAUGAUGAUUACAACGAUGAUGGUCAAUAUUUUUUCUGGGAUGGGUACCACGUGCAGAAUGAAAAUGUGGAAUUAGGUGAUGAAGACGAUGACAAUGACUGUAAUUAUAACCAUAAGCAUGUUUUGCUACAACAACAGAUGGCUCUUGCACUUCCAUCAUCAUCACCACCACAAGCUGAUGGUUAUACUGGUAUUGAUAAGAAAAGAUCACACCAUCAACAACAGCUUCAACAAUCAACAACACUGCAGGCCAGUGACUUAAAUACUACUAGAAAUAUCACUCCAAGGCCAAUCACACCUGAUAAUACUACAGCAGCCACUCCUACAAGAUUGGAAACUACCCUUAACCCUACUUCUAUAGAUAGUAACACCAAUAUUAAUGCAUCUCCAAAUUGUUGUAACACAGCUACUAAUACUUUUAGUUCAAACACUGAACUAGAUGGGCCACCAUCAUCAUCUAAUAUUAUGAAAGAUCUGUCAUAAUGAAAAUAACUGUACAUUUCUAAAUACUAUAGAAGGUUAUCUCCAUUGGUACAUUUUCAUAUAUUAAAAACCCUCGCAAUAUUUUAACAUACAUUAAUUAAUGGGAAUAUAAAUACCAAUGAUGAUAACACUUUAUAUGCUCAAAAUUCCUCAUGGCCAUUGUCGAUAUAUUUCA